CUUGCGCGCGGGGGUGUUUGGGCACAGCAAUUUCAUCUAAAAGGGACGAAAAAAGCUCCUUUCGAUCCUUUCGCAAUGAUUUUUAUUGCAUUUCUUUUCCUAGCUGCUGCAGGCACCUGCUCGGCCGUGAGAAUCACCGAGUUGCGCGUCCCGGCGACGCAUGUGGUUGACGGAGACCCACUGGUGCUGGAUUGUGUGUACGAUCUUGCGCCUGAGGAGUCAAAAUUGGUGGUUAAGUGGCUACUCAAUGAUCAGCCCGUGUACCAAUGGAUCCCCGGGUCGCGACCCUACCCGCUCAGUGUGAUGCGCAAUCGGGUGGAUGAGAAGCACGUUGCCAGCUCAGAGCCACAGAAAGCACAUCGUGCAAUGGUUAUUGCUGAACCAACGUGGAAUAUGACAGGAGAGUACACAUGUGUCGUUGAUACGUUCCAGUCGCGCUCAAUUAAAUCCGCCAUGCUGCAGAUUAUUGUCCCACCGGAGGAAUUCAGCGUUAAGGAGAAGAAGGAGCGCGAAACGGAAUCUGAGGAAGAAGCUGAAGUCACUUGCGAAGCAGAUGAUGCCUAUCCUGAACCACAGUUGUCGCUUCAAUUUAGGAAUGCUGAAACAAUUAGGAGAACUUAUGGGAAUGUUAAACGCACAGAUGAGGGCUUGUAUGAUGUUUCAGUUGUUGGAAAAAUUUCCCGGAUGAAGCUGUCUUCUGCAACACCCGUUGAUUGUGUCCUGACAAUGCCCGGCUCAUCGUACACCCUCAAAAAAGCUACCCUUAUUCAAGCAGGACAAACAACAACAACACCGAGCUUUGAUGACUUCGAUGCUGACUUCAGAGAAGCAAAUUACGACGACAGGAGUUUCUCAUCUUCAUCCAGCAGUAGUCUUCAAAUCUUUAACAUUUUCAUUUUUAUUCUCUGCAUGUAUUUGUCAUUAUAAAGCAAUAAAUAGCAAAAUAAAUAUUUUUAAAACUUC